AUGUCUACGGGCGGCGACAUGAAGAAGAAACCGAGAGCGAGCUCCAUUUUCUCACUCAAGUGCGGUUGCAGGGACAACCGGGCCGUCUCCAUCUCCGGCGAUCUCGUUGGCACACCGCCCACCCCGCUCUCCGCCCGCCUCCACUCCCAUCGCCUCGUCUCCGGGAGGCCAGAGAGCUCCUCGGCGGACACCACCACGCUCACGACUGUCACGACUUCCACCUCUCGCAACGGCGACGACGAUGACGAGAUUACCGCUGCCUCUCCGGGCUUCUCGGGACUCCUCCGUCAGCUCGGCGAGCUGGAGAGGAGCGUCGUCUCCUGGGCGCCCUCCUCCAGAUGGGGGGAGACGGAGGAUGAAGCGGCCAAUUGCCGGCCGCCGGCCGCCGUUGUGAGAGGCCACCGCCGCAACGGUCGCCGCCACCGGCGGAGCAUUAGCGAAGGAGGCGGCGGUGGCCGCGGUGUUGGCGGCCGCACCGCCGGUAAGGUGGGGGGUUUCGUUGCAGUGGUGAAGCAGACGGAGGACCCGCUGGGGGACUUCCGCCGGUCCAUGCUGCAGAUGAUCGUGGAGAAGGAAAUCCUCAGCGGGGAGGAGCUGCGGGAUCUCCUCCACCGCUUCCUCUCGCUCAACUCGCCAGCCCACCACACCCUCAUCGUCCAGGCUUUCGCCGACAUCUGGCGCGACGUCUUCUCCAGCUACGGCGGCGUGGACCUCCUUCCCUGCCCUCUUCACCGCCACCGCGAGCUUCACCGUGAUUUCCAUUAUCAGGAGCGGCGGGCUCGUUGA